AUGGCAGGCGGACCAGCCAUGAUGAACUUGUUUGGCAGCAAGAAGGGCAAGUCGGUGAAGGCCAGCAAGAAGUCCUCCAGGAGCUCCUCUUCAGUCAAAGAUGACACCUCCACGCAGCCCAACUGGCCAUCCUUGUCCCCAGCCCCUUCCAUGACCAUCCUGGGAGACUUUGAGAAACAGCGCGAUGGAUCCCCACUGCUUGAGACUAAGAGCUCAGACCUGAUCCCCAGCUUUGCACCCCCGCUCAACUUGCAGGAUCUGCCAUCUCCACAAGAGCCGGGAGCAUCUGUGAUGCAGUCCCUGGACAGUGCGCGCGCCACCAGCUUGGGAGGCCGCCAGCACAGCAUCGACUCCCAAGUGCCCCUCACCAUUGACGCCAUAACCGAGCUCGACGAUGUGACAUCGCUGGCUGCCCCCGUUAACGAAGCUGCGCGCGCUGCAGAGCUCUACCGGCGCACCCUCCAGACUCAGGCUUCCGCGCCAGAGGAAUCAGAGGCGGCGGCUGGACGCCGUUCAUGGAAGGCCAAGGACGGCGCACUGCGUCGACUGGACUUCCAAAACCCGGCGCAGCGCACACACACCACUGCUGCCAUGCACCAGCAGGUGGAGGCGGCGCUCGCAUCAGCGGAGCGGCAGAUAGAGCGGCUGCGCGUGCGUGAGAGGGGCCAGGCACGCGCUCUGAUGGAGGCGCGCCACCAGCUGCAUGAAGCUUCCUCCGCCUCCUCUGCAAUCUCCGAGGACUGCACUCUGUCGCCCGAGGCCGCGUCGGAGAUGGCGGGCCUGCGGCGGUUGCUGGAGGGCAUGCGGCAGGAGAUGCAGGGCCUGGAGGACGAGCUCUUUUCGCUGAGAGAGGAGCGUGCCGUCGUCGAAAUGGAACGC